AAAUGGAGUUACAAAGAGUCCAAGCAAUUGCCUCAUUAUCUUUCUCAAAGGAAACUAUUCCUGCUGAGUUCAUUAGACCUGAGAAAGAGCAGCCUGCAAUCACUACAUAUCAUGGGCCAGUGCCUGAAAUUCCCACCAUUGAUCUCAACGAUCCCUGCGAAGAGAAUCUCGUUCGUUUAAUAGCCAAAGCUAGCCGGGAAUGGGGGAUUUUUCAGGUGGUGAACCAUGGAAUUCCUAGUGAUGUUAUAAGAAAAUUACAGGCUGCAGGGAAAGAGUUCUUUGAGCUCCCACAGGAAGAAAAAGAAGUUUAUGCAAAGCCACCGGGAGCUCAAACUGUUGAAGGCUAUGGAAGCAAACUUCAAAAAGAAGUUGAAGGAAAGAAGGCUUGGGUGGAUCAUUUGUUCCAUAAGAUUUGGCCUCCUUCUUCUAUCAACUACCAAUAUUGGCCUAAAAAUCCUCCUUCUUACAGGGAUGCUAACGAGGAGUACGCAAAAUACAUGAAAGAGGUGGUAGAUAAGUUGUUCAAAACUCUUUCAUUAGGGUUGGGUGUUGAAGGGCAUGUGUUAAAAGAAGCAUCUGGUGGUGAAGAUAUUGAAUAUAUGCUUAAAAUAAAUUAUUACCCACCAUGUCCUCGUCCUGAUCUCGCUCUUGGUGUUGUCCCUCACACUGAUCUUUCCACCAUCACCAUUCUUGUUCCUAAUGAUGUCCCUGGACUCCAAGUCUUCAAGGAUGACCGUUGGAUCGACGCCAAAUAUAUCCCCAAUGCUCUUAUUGUUCAUAUCGGUGAUCAGAUUGAGAUUCUCAGCAAUGGAGUAUACAAGGCAGUGCUACACAGAACAACAGUGAACAAGGAGAAGACAAGGAUGUCAUGGCCAGUAUUUUUAGAGCCACCAGGGGAGUUUGUGGUUGGUCCACUUCCUCAACUUGUUGGAGAAGACAAUCCACCUAAAUACAAGGCCAAGAUAUUUAAGGACUAUAUUUAUUGCAAACUUAAUAAAAUUCCCCAGUAGUUUCUUUAUUCUUUUUUUUUUUUUUAAUUAAUUAAGUUCAUCAAUAAGCCACAUAUUUAUUAUGUGCCUAGUAGCUAUGUCGUAUGUUUUCUGAUGUUUCUGGAUUUGAAUCUGAUCAUGCAUCGUCUUA